AUGUCAAUUCUUCAAGAAUCUCAAGAGGAGAUUGUCAAGGAAUCGGUGACCUUUCCGACGCCCUAUCCUUCUUGCAUACGGACCAACCCCAAUGCAGCGAUUUACCUUUUUGGCGCUCGACAGUCACAUCCUGGCAAAGUGAUCCAAGGUUUGGUUGAUCUGAGGGGUCGCUUGUCUAAGUAUAGAUUCAUAUACCAGGCCCAGCCUGCAAGCAUGCCACUCGGAACAUGCUGCUUUUUCUUCCCCAUGUGA